GAGCUUUCCGUUCUGGUGGAAUCUUACGACGAAUCAUCCGUGUCUGGCAUUCUGCCAAUCCUUGUCAGCAUGCUGCAGUCGCUGGAUGGAGCCUUGCGCGAUUUGAACCAAACGCAGAGUGUGCUCGAUGAGAUUGCUGAGGACAACGAGCAACUCCACGCUCAGUUCGAACGUGAACGCAAGCAUCGUCGCGAGGAGCAGCAGAAACGGUUGGAAGCUGAGGACGCAGUUGAGUCAGAACGGCGCGAAUACGGUGAUGAGCUGGACAUGCUCAGGCAGAACAACCGACGCCUUCAAAAGCAACUCACCACCACGAAGGAUCAGAUGAAAAGGUCUGAGGACAAGCUGGUUCAACUGAGGGCCGACCAGACAGAGCUGCGAAGCAAGUACACGCGGGUCAACCAUGCGCUGCAGCUGACCAUGCAGCGCGAAAAGCGUGCCUUCUCGCGCCGGACAAGUACCAGCACUUUCUCCGAAUCGCCUGUACCACCAUCAGUGAUAGGCGAGGAAGUAGAAAUGGCACAGUCCCUUCCCGCCAGCACACUGAGCCGACGUACCUCUCUUCCCGUCAUGAACUCCCCGACUCCCCUGGAGGCGACGGGUGCAUCGUACAUGUCCGCUAUCCCGGUGCGCCAAGCGGCAAAGGGAGGACACCGCAACGAGUCGGCAUUCACGGACGAAAUGGCGUCGGCACACGCGGUGACUAGUCGCACGGUGCCAGCCAGGAAGGGAGUGUUUCAUCCGGUUGCCUCCUCGUCGCCGAUGAGAAGCGGCCAAGAAGGCCGUGGUGUGCAGGGCCUGGCACUGCAGGAGGGCGAUAGCAGCAUGCUGUCGUCGGUGAAGAUGGAGUUGGAGCAAGCCAAUACUCGGAUAACAUCAGUGAAAGAAGAACCCGAGAGAGCGAGCUCGGCGGAGCCCGAUGAGCCGGAAACGCCGACUGCCGACCGAUCGCUAGCAUCAGAACAGGACAUAACACCAGUCGGUGAUGAGGCAGCACAUGUACGGUUUGCACCGGCAUCAGAUGAGCACGGCCUGGAAGAUGAGCCCAUCACAGCAGAGAGCGUCGUUGCCAGGGCUUCCAGCGGCUACGAUUCGCUGACGGGGAGCACCGAGCUGACGGCUCGAUCACACGACGAAGACGACGAGCUUGAAUAUGAGAGGCUCAUCCAGGCUCAAAUGCGUGGCAGCGCUAGUAGCGGUGAUGACGGACAGGCGGCGAAUGACCAAUCGUUCAGCCAAGAGCUGGGCCAGUUCGUCACCGAAGAAGGCUCGCUGCUGGAUAUUGACCCCGGUGCUGACAUCACGGUCAUGGAUAGUGAGAACUUGGUCAGGCAGAUUCAUGACCUGGACGUGAAGAAGAAUGAACUGGAGUCGGUACUCACGGAGCGCGAUGCCAAGAUCCAGGAGCUUGCCACUGAGCAAGAGAUCUUGCAACAACACACGGACUCCAUUGAGAAGCAGCGUGCAGAGCUGCAUCAGAAGAUCUCCGCCCUGGAGGAGACCAUGCGCGAGAAGGACAACAAGCUGGAAGAAGCAAUGCAACGCAAGGACAGCAGCAGCGACGAGCCUCUGUUCCCCGGUGCAGACGAGGACUGGCGUGUUAACCGAGAGAAGGGACGUCGCUUUACGCGCGCCGAGAUGGGACGCGUGGUGAGAGAGCGCAACGACUUGAAGGAGAAAUUCCUGGCGAUCAAGGAGGAGCUUGAGCUGCUGCGUAAACAACUGGAUGAGAAGAAGCCAUCCCCUAAGAAGGGCAAAACCAGCUUGUGGAAGACGAUCGUAUCCAUGUUCACGAAGAAGAGUCCCACUACUCGCAAACGCUCCGAGACAACACCCGUCCCGACAGGCGACGGUAUGCGCCUGGAGAGCAUCGAACAGGGACAGGAUGUUGCCACUGCUGCGGAGACACCGAUGGAGGAAGCGCAGUCGCUCACAUUCGAUGAGUCACGUUUCGAUGCGUACGGCUGGAGUUUGCCGGCCGACAUGAGGCCAGUGACAUCGCCGGAUGCUUCGCACGACGGUGGCGCUAGCACGUUUCAGGCUAUGUCCGCCCAGUCUUCCCUCAGCACAGUGCCCGUGCUGACACACUCCAGUCCCAUGGUGGCGUCUGAAGAGCAGGAGCAGUACCUGCAGGCGGCCAACAAAGUCUUCAGCGCUGCGGCGGUGUGUUGUACGCCGCAGAGCAACCCGUCUCUGUCACCGUCCGACAUGGUCUGUCCCUCUUCUCUAGUGUGGCUGUGUGUAGGUACUACGGAGCUGAGUCGUGUGGAUGUGGUCGACACAAACUCUCCAAAGGAAGUGCUGCACAGUUUCCCUGUCGGUACGUCUCCGAUCCUGGCCGCUGCGUGUGUGCCAGGCAUUGAAACAGAUAUUGAUGGCGGUGGAUUUGUUCACAUAGCUGACAGUGGUACAGAGAGUCGCAGUCUAACGCGGGCAGAGAUUAACAAGUGGAGAAUGAACAUGAGUCCAGCACACUCUCCCUCUCACCUAGCUGUGCCCGGCGGUGUGGAUGGAGACGAGAUGUCGCUUCACAGUGCUCACUUUGCGUCAAGAUCCAGUUCAGAGCGCGACCCCCGCAGUCCAGCAAGCAGUAGUCGAGUGACGUCACCCGAAGGAGAAGACAACGCACCGCCUGACCCUGAUCCUGGCAAGGAGUCGGAUCCAUCUGCAGAUGCUGAUGAGACCGACCGUGGUCGUGUGACGUUCAGCACUAAACCGCAAGAGAAGCACGUGCCGUCGGAGAUUCUCAACCGUCCCAAGCUGCAGCAGCCCACCAUGUGGCUGGGUGCGGAGUUUGGAGCGCUGUACGUGCACUCGGCCGUCAACUCGUGGCAAUCCUGCCUGUUUGCUAUGAAGGUGGAUGCCUCUGUGCUCAGUAUCACCUACACACGCCAGAAGGUGUUCCUGUCGAUGGAGAACGGCAGCAUCAUGGUCUUCCACCGCGAUGAUGAUCAAGUCUGGGACUUUGAUAACUAUGAAACCAUUGACAUUGGCAAGUUUGUCACGAUGGGUGACUGGGAAGGCAAGGUACCGGCCACAACAAUCCUGGCGGUGGACGAUGCGGUAUGGUGCGGUGUGGGCAACUCUGUCGUCGUCCUGAACAUCGACACACAUGAACUGGUGGACCUGGAUGUGAGCAGUCCAAUGCAGUCUCUACUCACACUACCUGGCAGUCAGAGGAAGCCAUCACCGCAUAACUUGGUGAGAAUAUCAUCCUUGCUCAUCUCCAACGGCUGUUUGUGGAUCGGAGCUAACAACGGUGCCAUAAUCAGUAUACCAUGCAGCAGGCAGAGACCACAGUUGCCAGGAGAGAGUGGCCCACACUUGUUAGUCAACAAGGAUGACGAGGGCGCCGUCGCAGCCGUUGAAGUUUCUGAAGGAGAUGAUCCGCUGACUGCAGCUGCUGCCGAUGAAAUGGACGGCAAGCAGCCUGCGGGUAAAGAGGAGACGGACGGCACGAAAGCGCAGGCGUAUGAUAUGAAAUAUCGACUACCCUACUGCGACAUUGACGCAGCUCGCCUCUCAUUCCACGGUCACCUGCACCAUGUUGAUGUACUGGUAGCAGCACCGGGUGUCAUGGCAUCACGCAUCCGCAGUGAAUCCAACAUCUCCAGAGAUAUCACCUCGUCAAUAACGUACGUACUCAGCGCCGGGUCGGGCUAUGUCGACUUCAGGCUGCACGGAGGCCCAGUAUCCUCAUCGAACAAAGCCCAAGCGGAACGAAACAAUAUCAUCGUCUGGCAGGUUUCGGAACCGGCCAUUUGAAGUGCAUUAGAGCAGGGGAACAAAGAAGUGAGCGGGCUAUCGGAUCUGUUACCGUCACGGCCAGAGCACUGCCAGCUCAGCCAGCGGAUAGUCAAAGUCACCACCAUUCAUUGGAACAUACGUAGCACUCACAUAUCACACCUGUUCUGCUCCAUAUUUCCCACCUGUGAAUUUAGUGAUUGGCCGCUUCAUUUUUUACUGAUUUGGAAUUUUGACACCUAGCCUAGAAACUAUUAUCUUGAAGCAACGAAAUGAUUUGAUAAAUUUUCUAUUUCUUCAAAGUCCUGUAAUCCCAUUCCGGUUCGAGGAAGAGAAUUUAGGGUGUCUUGCGUAUCACGAUUAUUACGUCUGGUUUUUGAAUUAUUUUUAUAUUUUAGUAUUAGUAAGAUUCAAGAAUUCAAGUCUAGCCUCAAUUUUCCUAGGUGAUAAAAAGUGAUUGUUACUGGUUUGUUCUUAAAAAAAUAUUAUGCUAAUAUGCUA